CUUUAUCGAGAAGAAAUCAAAAUCUUAACCUUCAAGUAUUUUGAUUUCUACAUUAAAAAUCAGAAAAAACAAAAAUAUCCUGACCCCAGCUUUACAUUCAGACUUAUCUUUGGAUCAAUGUCUGAGAUGGUUAGUGUACAUGGGUGGAUGGAGGAGGCUCUGAGCUCACAGGAUGAGAUGAAUGAGUCAAAUCAAAGGGAGUCUGCAUACGAUAUGAUGUCAGGUAUGAGUCAUGAAGAACAUGGAAGCAUUGAUGGAGAAGAUGAUGAAGAGGAGGAGGAAGAUGGAGAGAAACCAAAAAAAAGGGGACCCAAGAAAAAGAAGAUGACAAAAGCUAGGAUGGAGAGAUUCCGUGUCCGACGAGUGAAAGCCAAUGCCAGGGAACGUAGCAGAAUGCAUGGGCUUAAUGAUGCACUGGACAACCUAAGAAGAGUUAUGCCUUGCUACUCUAAAACUCAGAAGUUAUCGAAGAUUGAGACUCUUAGACUGGCUCGGAACUACAUAUGGGCAUUAUCUGAGGUAUUAGACAGAGGCCAGACAACUGAAGGAAAAGGUUUCCUUGAAAUGCUUUGUAAGGGACUCUCUCAGCCCACAAGUAACCUGGUAGCUGGCUGUCUUCAACUUGGACCUCAGACAAUGUUUUUUGAGAAGCAUGAAGAGAAGUCCCAUUUAUGUGAAUCUUCCCUACCUGGACACACGUACAGUUAUCAAUCUCCAGGCUUACCCAGUCCACCAUAUGGUAACAUCGAAGCACAUCACUUGCACUUAAAGCCUCCCACAUUUAAAUCUGUGGUGGAUUCUUCCAUGGUGAACCAUACGUUAAACUGUACCACCCCGCCAUACGAAGGUGCUCUUACUCCCCCACUUAGCAUCAGUGGUAACUUUUCUCUAAAGCAAGAUGGGUCAUCUGAUAUGGACAAGUCCUAUGCUUUCCGCUCUCACUAUCAAUCUCUUGGACUUGGUGGAUCUCAUGGACAUGGGUCGCACUUUCAAACUGCAGUUCCACGAUAUGAAAUUCCCAUAGACAUGCCCUAUGAAACAUACCCACACCAUGCUAUUUUCAGUGAAUAAAUAAAAGACUCAAAUCUGAGGGACUAAUGGGUGGUGAGAAACGAAAAGAGCAACCCAAUUAUUUUUUCUGUAGAGUGAUUAUCUACUUAUCACAUGACUUUCUUGACUAUGACAGCUAUUUCUUAUAAGUUAGCACAUUGCAAUCAUGUACACUUCCCAUGAGUUAUCUUCUCAUUGUUUUCAAAUUUCAACUUGUAGCAUUGUUUCAUUGUUUGCAGUCUGAGUUCUGUUUGAGUAGUUCUAAUUGUGAACAAUGCACUGGUAAUGGGACAAUUGCAGGGCGAAUUUCCUGGUGAUAGAUUUAAUUAUCCACGUUAAGAGGUGGACAUUUUACCCAUUCCUUAUGGUGAUGUUAUGGUAAUCAACAUGUUCUAAAAACUAAUGAAUUAUGCAUCUAUAACAGCAAAAUCAGUAUAAGCACUUGGAAGAUUCUAAAACCUUUCUGGUUUCCACAAGGGAGAAAACAAAAUAAACAAAGUUUUCAUAUCUUGCACUAAACAUAGUAAUUUUACAAAUAAUGAUUUUAAUGUAUUAAUUCACAGGAUUAUUCCCUGGAGUGGGAAUUGCUGGGAAUUAAUGAUUUGAUAUUAUUUACCUUAAACUUUCAUACAGGAGAUGAAGUCUUUUACUUUAUGGAAGCCUGUGAGCUCACAACAUCUUACAUACAAUGGCUAUGCCAGAAUGCCUAUCUUAAUUGUGAAAAAAAAUCCUAUACAGUUACAGUAGCCUAACACUUUGAACAUUGAGCAAUCUUAAAGAGACAUUCCGGACCCCUUAAGCUUGCUGAAUGCUUUAAGUGUGAUGAAUGUCCCUUUUUUUCAUUUUACAAAAAGCGCAGAUUUCAAUAGGAAUUGGCACUUUUAUCAAUUAAUCUUUUUACACAACACAUGUUUUCAUUUGGGGUAUAUCUUCUAAACAGUGAUCUUAUUUAUUUGCUUUUUUUUUUGCAUUUGAGCAGGGGAGUUUCCCUUUAAUGUUUAGCAACUUGAGAUUUGUUCAUAAUCUCCAGAAAUGAAAUACUGGCUGUUAACGUCAAUUAAAUUAAAGAGUAGGGGCUUUAUUGAUCAAUCAGGGAUCUGUAUUACGUUGAAAACAAAUUGGCAAUCAUAGAUGAGGAUUGUUGACUAUUUAAGUCAGUUGAUCGCUUGGCAUCAACCACAGCUUACAGUUCUAUGUAUAAACCUCUAGAUGCCCAUAACUUUGUAAAUCACUUUAAAAAUAUUAUUUAAAAAAUAACAGUGGAAGCCAUUUCAGUAAUAAUAUAAUUUGCAAUUUCAAUUUUCUCAAUUCAGUAGCCUUGAUAUAUCAUGUACCCUGCACCAAAUUUUAAAGAGAAACAAUUUAAAUAAUUUAAUAUACUUUGAUUUAGUGUAUUUAUGUAGGAUAGUGGAUUAACUGCUUAUUUAUUUAUUUGGGAUAAUGGAACUACCCCUUUCAUAGCACCUAGCUAGCAUUAUAUUAUACCGAUCAAAUAUCUCAACAAUAAUGUAGUAGUUAUAAUCAAAGUCAGGUGUUUCUGGCAUAGAUUAACUAUUUGUGCCAGUACGCUAACUACACU